AUGUCCUCCUUCAAUGGCUUCCUCCUCCUCGUUGUCACAUUCGCAGUCAUUUUCAUUGCGCACGGACAGGGUUUGCCUCCGGAGUUCACGAGGUGGCAUGUUCACGUAGUUAACGGAUUGAGCGAUUGCCGAACCUUGUUCGUCCAUUGCAAGUCCAAGGAUGAUGAUUUAGGUGGCCGGUAUCUGGAUCCUGGAACCGAUUUCAGUUGGAGUUUUCGACAACAUAUCUUCCGUCGAACCCUCUUCUGGUGCUACAUGAGCAAGGAUGGGGCACACGCCUCGUUGGAGGUGUUCUGGCAAGACGUGCUUUUGUUCCACAAGUGUGCAUGGAAAGAUUGCAUUUGGAUUGCCAAGGAUGAUGGUGUUUAUAUCAAAGAUCUUGCUAGAAAUACCGACGAGUUUCGUCGGGGAUGGAAACCAGGACUGCUCCGAGACUGA